GCUGCGGCACAGGCGGCCGGUCCGGCGGGGCGGCUCCUCUCCCGGCGCGGUGUGCGGCGUGCGGUGUGCGCGCGCCUCCCGGGCGGAUUCGGCGCCGGCGCCAGAGCGCUGCCGGGAGCGGCGGGAUUUCUCUCUGAUAGAGCAGACAAUUCAGGAUGCAGAGUUCAAGAAUGAAUGUUCACCGGGGCUGCGAGAGUGACAGAUUAUUGCGGCAAGAGGCCAGCUGCCUAAUGGAUGAAAAUCCAGUUGCAGCCCAAGCAAAAGAAACAAAUAGUGUGGCUUCUUCUGGUCUUCUAAAUCAUACUUGCCCUAUGUGUCCCAGGACUGACGACCUUUCACUUGAUUAUGUCUGUCAGUCAUCGAAUCUUCAGUUCUCUCACGUAAUGCCACUUCCCGAAGAUAUCCAAAGCUCUUGUUUCCAAAGUGGGACUAAACGGAACCAUGAACCCUUUAUUGCUCCAGAACGAUACGGAAGCAGUGCCGUGUGCUUCAGCAGUAAUACUCAUUCCCAGGCACCAGAGAAAGUGACACUUCUCGUGGAUGGCACUCGUUUUGUGGUGAAUCCACACAUUUUCACUGCUCAUCCAGAUACCAUGUUGGGAAGGAUGUUUGGACCAGGAAGAGAAUAUAACUUCACAAGGCCCAAUGAGAAGGGAGAAUAUGAGAUUGCUGAAGGAAUCAGUGCGACUGUAUUUCGAACUGUGCUGGAUUAUUAUAAAACUGGUAUUAUCAAUUGUCCUGAUGGCAUCUCUAUCCCAGAUCUCAGGGAUACAUGUGAUUACCUCUGCAUUAACUUUGACUUCAACACUAUCCGGUGUCAAGAUCUAAGUGCUCUGCUGCAUGAACUGUCUAAUGAUGGUGCUCACAAGCAGUUCGAUCACUACCUUGAGGAGCUCAUCCUGCCCAUCAUGGUGGGCUGUGCCAAGAAAGGGGAGCGAGAAUGCCACAUCGUUGUGCUGACAGAUGAGGAUUCUGUGGACUGGGAUGAAGACCACCCCCCACCCAUGGGCGAAGAAUAUUCCCAAAUUCUUUAUAGCUCCAAGCUCUACAGGUUCUUCAAAUACAUUGAAAAUCGGGAUGUCGCUAAAACAGUGUUAAAAGAACGAGGUCUGAAAAACAUUCGCAUUGGAAUUGAAGGUUACCCUACCUGUAAAGAAAAAAUUAAGAGGCGACCAGGAGGCCGGUCUGAAGUCAUCUACAACUAUGUACAGCGCCCCUUUAUCCAGAUGUCAUGGGAAAAGGAAGAAGGAAAGAGUCGCCAUGUGGAUUUCCAGUGUGUUAGGAGCAAAUCACUCACUAAUCUGGUAGCUGCUGGAGAAGAUGUCUUGGAGGACCAGGAGAUAUUAAUGCACCAUCCACCGCAAGUGGAUGAACUUGACCGACUGAAUGCUCCACUUUCUCAGAUGGCUUCUAAUAACUUUCAAGAUUAGGGUCCACCCCCCUUUGAAGCUUUUCUCUGUUUGGAACGUCCACAAACAAUAUUCUCCAUGGUUUGUCUCCCUCGUCCUUUCCCUUUUUUCCAUAGCUAAUGUGUGUCCUCAGAAAGUCUGUGCCUCCAGUUCGGGGGUUGGGAAAGCUGAACUAUCAGCUUUGCACCAACCCUAGUAACUUAGAAUUGGGGGGUUGGU